GGAGUGUAAAAGUGAGCCAGAGCCAGAGUGAGGAUGAGAACGAGUGAGAGAGAGAGACGUGCUGCCGUCAGCUGUUUUAUGUUUUGAUUGUGUGCAGGGAAAUAAUCGCAAUCGCACAGGUUUUCAGCUUUGUUCUUGACUUUCUGCGAGAACGCUCGAGCUGCGAUCAGUACCGUUUGUGAAAUUGAAAAGUCAUCAACUGCUGUUACCGCGUUCAAUUAAAACGCCGAAAGCUUUUAACUUUUUGUAUUAUCAGCACAACCGACUCACGCCUCAACUUGAAUAGUUGCUUCGCAUGUGCAUAUGUAUUUAUAUAUAUAUAUAUGAGUUCAAUUUGUGCAUAAUAAUAAUGGUGAAAACUAACAAAACGAGUGUAAAACAUUAAGCUUAAAAUCUAUAGCAGCACCUGGUCACACUACAAAAUCAACUAGAAAUAAAUAAUAUAAAUUGUUAUAAUAUUAACAAUAAUAAAAAAAUGAUGUUGAACAAAUACGAAAGCUACCAACGCACAAACAACAUGUUUCCACAUCACCAUCAACAACAACAGCAGCAACAGCAGCAGCAACAACAACAACAACAACAACAACAACAUCAGCUAUCUCUUUCGCAUUCACAGCUACAGUCGUUGCCCCAUCCACUCUCUCAGCUGCAAUAUGCCGGCAGCACAGACGUCGUCGGCGCAGGCAGCACGUCGGCAGAGCUGGCUGCCGCUGAGAUUCUGGCGGCAUCGAAGGCGGAACGAGAAUCGAUACAUUCGGGACAGUUUAUGGUGUCGCACUUCGAGGCCGAGGAGGCGCAAGAUGAUCUCGAGGAUGAUGGCGAGGUGAAGAUGCUCGAUCCGGAAGAUCCGAGCCUAGAUAAAGCCGACGAAGAGGCAAACACCUGUCGCGACGUGCAGUUGUACGUGCCACAGACGGUGGUGCACUUUCCACGCAUGGAUAUGCAUCGUGAAUGUGAUGACAAUAGCAUGGGCAUUAUUACUUCCCAUCUGGAGAUCGAGACAUCGCUGACCAAGCUCUUCAAGUGCAUGAAUCUGGCCUACAGUCAAAAGCUUACCUCCCCUAAGUGGAACCAUUUUAAGGGUGUUCGUUUGCGUUGGAAGGACAAAAUUCGCCUUAACAAUGUCAUCUGGCGCUGCUGGCAUAUGCAAUUUAUACAAAAGCGCAGAACACCGGUGUGUCAAUUCGCAUCGCCGCUGGACGUUGACAUACAUAGUAAUCCACAAACAGUUGUGCUUGAGGGAAAAUAUUGGAAACGUCAUGCAGCUGUCAUCAAAGCGGAAUACAGAAAAUGGCGCAAAAAUUAUAAAUCAAAAGCAACUGGCUGCUUGACUUAUGAUUCGAAAAGUGAAUUGGACUUUUUAGAAUGGUCACCGCUGAACGAUAGAAACUUAAUGCCAGACGACUGGACAACAGACACAUUGUUCUCGGCAAUAAAUGGACCCUUUCCCUUUCCCGAUUCUAGAGAGAUUGCGCGUGGAGCCGGUAUUGCGGAUUUUAUACAACCAAGUCUGGGACCGCUACAACCGAAUUUAGAUGACAUCGACAUUACUUUCUCAGAUUUGCUCACCACGACCUCUUCACGAUUGCCACCUGUGCCCGAGGAAGGCACCGAUGCGGAUAUGCUCAAGGGCGAUGAAUAUUGCCUGCCUGCGAUUGUUGGCGCUCCUCACACACUCUACAGCAGCGACAGCAUGAUGACUGUGGAUGCCAAUAUGCUGGAGCUGAAUACGCCCAUCAACAACAUGCCAUACGGCGACAUCGAGCAACAAUUUGCUGCAGCUCGACAGGCUCAGCAAACGGCAAACGAAUCGCAGCAGCAGCAACAACAGCAACAGUUGCUGUCAGACGCAACGGCGGGACGUGGUCAUGGAACAAAACACUUUGGGGGCAUUAGCAGCAGUGCCGGCGAUAGUUUCUCAAGCAAGAGCGUGAUCAAUGGACGUAUUGCUAAGAGUACGCAGCGUCCAUUUCGACGGGAGCCUCACAAUUAUGAUAAAGCACAGCCAACGUUGCAUCAGACGCACCUUUAUCAACAGAUGCUGGCCGAGCAGCAAAAGAAUCAGCAACAUCAUAUGAGCGCUGGCGCAGUGUUGCAAUCAUUUCAGAACUCACAGCAGCAGCAAUUGCAACAGCAACAGCAGGAACAACAGCAACAACAGCAACAGCAGCAACAACAACAAUCCCGUUUGCAUUUUCCCACGCAGCAGCAACAGCAGCAACAAAAUUCUUACAAUACGCAAAGCUUUCUAGGCAGCUACGCUGACAACUACCAGCAACAGCAACAACAGCAGCAGCAGCAGCAGCAGCAACAACAACAACAGCAACAGCUGCCUCAGCAGCAGCAACAGCAGCUUAGCGUCAAAGUAGAACCUCACAAUGCGGAUGUGUUGGCUUUAUUAAAUGACGGUAGCUACAAUUCAAUCAGCUACAAGCCGUAUCCGCAGUUUAAAAAAUCAGCCUCAACGGGCACAUUCUUAAAUGUGCCACGUGUGCCACAGCAGCAGCAAGCGCAGCAACAACAAACCUAUCUGCAACAGGAUCAGCAGCAACAACAACAGCAGCUACAAAUGCAGCAAUCAUUGCCCUUGGGUCUCACUUUAAGCACACAGCAAAUCUUGCAGCUAACACGCCAACAGCAGGUGUCAAACUCACAGCAACAGCAGCAACAACAACAUGUGCAACUUCAGCAACAAACUGUGGCCAGUCUGCUGCUACCGCAACAACAACAACAACAGCAGCAGCAACAACAGCAGCCUGCUGUUAGCGUUGCCUCCUGGGCCACACCCAAUGCUAGCACAUUGCCCAAGGAAAUGCAUCGCUCCAACAGUCUGCCCCUUAACGUGUCGUUGCCCAAACUCGUCCAUCACGAGCAGCAGCAGUUUGCCGUGCCCAAAUAUCAUGCCAAGGGCAAGUCUCGGGUGCGCAGCAACUCGAUGCAUCAGCAGCACACGGUUGUGGCAGCUGGCGGGGGUUCCCCACUCAACAAUGGACAUGCCAACGUCAGCAACAGCACUGGCAACUUGUUGGUGGCACAGCAGCAAAUGCAACAGGCAACCAGCGAUCCCAUGCUAAACAGCACAUUAGCUCAGCUGCUGACAUCGAAUUCACGCCUGCAGGCAGCCGUGGCAAAUAAGUCGCAAGUUACAAGUUCAUCCGCCAAUGCCAUAGCCAGUGGAGGCAGCAACAAUGUAUCGCAGUCGAUAUAUGUCAGCAAUGCUGCAACAUCGCCGCUAUCGGUGCCAGUUCCGUCGCAGCAACAUUCACCAAAGAAGUCCGCCUCGUUGCCCGUGGCAAUUGCCACGCCCUCGUUGCACAGUCCGCCCGGCAGUAAGAUGCUCAGUUAUAGUCAGGGUAGCACCACAAAUUUGGGCAGUAGCCUUAGCCUGUCGCCGGACUCGCCGUUCCACGACUCACAGGACUCACCACUGUCGCCGACGGCCAGCCUGAAGUAUCAGCCAAGGGACACGCAACGUCGUGCUGGCCACAUUCAUGCGGAGCAGAAGCGACGCUACAACAUUAAGAAUGGCUUUGAUACGCUGCACUCACUCAUCCCGCAGCUGCAGUUGAAUCCAAAUGCCAAGCUGAGCAAGGCGGCAAUGUUGCAAAAGGGUGCCGAUCACAUCAAACAGUUGCGCCAGGAGCGCAAUGUGCUCAAGGACAAGAUUGAGGCUCUGCGCAUGGAGCGGGAUUCCCUUAACAACUCCCUCACGCAUCUGCACUCGAUAUUACCCGCAAAUGGUGCGCCGGUUACUCGCCAGGGCACCGAGCAUGUCCGUCAGCUUUACGAGGUCUACGUGCGCUACAACACGAUGAACGAUUGGAAGUUUUGGAUUCUUGGUCUCAUUUUGGAGCCUCUUCUGGCCUCCUACACGUCGACCGUGUCCAGCGCCAGUUUGGACGAACUGCGUCGCACCGCUUUCCUCUGGGUCGAUCAGCACUGCUCUCUGAUUGAUUUGCGACCCGCUGUUACGAACAAAUUAAAGUACCUAUCCAUGCACACGGAUAUCGUCUCGGAGCCACCGAGCACCUUGCAAGAGGAGGUGGCCAAAGCUGUACAGAACACAAACGGUCAGCAUCCCAAUUUGCAUGGGUCCUAACCUUUUUUGCUGAUCGUGAUAUGAAUUUAUUUCAACAAUUUUAAAGAUAAAGCCAUAGCUUCAAUUUGUCAAAAAUUUGGCCAAUGUCAAACCGUUUGCCUUGCUGCUUCUGACUUGAGUUCAGUGGUAAAUUAAUUGUACAAAUUUAAUUUUAUACAUGCAACAUAUGCAAUUGUAUAUUGCUUAAACGCCGACAACCGUUAGCAGCUCCCGCUGCAGUUGAAGUAAUGCACUGCAGCAUAUAGUGCCUACAAUUUAUGACUUAAGUGUAAAAUAAACAAACGAUUUUACAAUCUUUUCUUA